AUGGACAACGACAGCAACCCAUCUCCGGUACUCUACGACAUCGUAAUCCUAGGAGCAUCAGGAUUCACCGGCAAAUACGUCGUAAGGGAAGCACUCAAGUUCCUCAACUCCCCAUCUUCCCCUCUCAAAUCCUUCGCCAUUGCGGGCCGAAACAACUCCAAGCUCAUCCAAGCCCUGAAAUGGGCCGCCGAGCCCAACUCUCCACCUCCGUCCAUCCCAAUCCUCACCGCCGACACGGCCGACCCUGCUUCCCUGCGCCUGCUCUGCUCCCAGACCAGGCUCGUUCUCAACUGCGUCGGUCCGUUUCGCCUCCACGGCGACCCUGUCGUGGCCGCCUGUGUCGAGGCCGGCUGCGACUACUUGGAUAUCUGCGGGGAGCCGGAGUUUAUGGAGAGGAUGGAAUACAGUUACCACGACCAAGCGGUUGAGAAUGGUUCGUUGGUUGUUUCGGCUUGUGGGUUCGAUUCGGUUCCGGCUGAGCUGGGUUGGAUGUUUAACUCGAAGCAGUGGGUCUACCCGGCUGUGCCAAACCGGAUCGAGGCUUACCUGAGCUUGGAAUCGGACAAGAACAUUGUUGCCAACUUCGGGACUUACCAAUCGGCGGUUCUGGGUGUUGCCAACGUGGACAAGUUGCAAGAGUUGAGGAGAUCCAGACCCAGAAGGACUAAGCCCAAGAUUCCUGGGCCAUAUCCUAAUAAAGGACCAACCAUAGACUACCAAAAGGAGUUUGGUCUUCCGGGGGUUAAAGAGAGUGACGACCGAACUGAGAGGAGGAAGAAAUAUUGGUCGGCGACGAAGCCUGCUUAUUUUGGGUUGAAGUUGGGGUCUAAUUCCCUUUUGGGUCUCUUCCAAUUUAUUACUCUUGGCGUCUCUAUUGGCUACUUGGGUAGAAGUUCUAUUGGAAGGUGGCUACUCCUCAACUUCCCAUCAUUUUUUAGCGCUGGAUGGUUCAGCAAGAAGGGUCCUUCUGAGGACGAGGUCGCGAGCGCUUCCUUCAAGAUGUGGUUUGUCGGACGCGGAUACAGUGACUUGAGCCGAAGGACAUCGACAGAGUUUGGGAACAAGAAGCAGGAGCCCGAUGCGGAGAUCAUAACAAGAGUCAUGGGUCCUGAUGCGGGCUAUUCGACGACCCCUAUCAUCUUGCUGCAAUGUGCUUUGAUUGUUCUCGAGCAACGUGACAACUUGCCCAAAGGAGGAGUUCUCACUCCAGGGAUCGUGUUUGGUCCGACUAAUCUCCGAGAGCGUCUCGAGCAUAAUGGGAUUUCUUUUGAUGUCAUUUCAAGGAGAGUUGUCUCUACUAAGUGA